CAACCUUAUUUUCCUAUCAGGGGACACUACAGAGCUAUUGCACCCUCUGUUCUUUUUCCCAAUUUGCUUCUUCAUACACUUCUAAGGAUGAAGAUAAUUCAGCUGGAUCCAUCUCUCACAUACCGUCCGGAGCCCGAGAAUCACCAGUAUCGCAAUUAUAAGGAUGGCCCUCUACUGGACAGAGUGAAAAACACAUACACCUUGAUGCACACAUAUCAGACGGUACAGUUUGUUAAAGAGAAGCAUACACAAUGGGGUUCAUGCACACACAGGAAGAUGAGUGUGAUGGAGGCACUUAAUUUGCUGGAUAAUUUGGUUGAUGAAUCUGAUCCUGAUGUGGAUUUUCCAAACUCUUUCCACGCAUAUCAAACAGCAGAAGGCAUCCGUCGUAGUCAUCCAGAUAAAGACUGGUUCCAGCUGGUUGGCUUGCUACAUGAUAUUGGAAAAAUUAUGGCCCUGGAUAAUGAACCUCAGUGGUCAGUGGUUGGAGACACCUUCCCAGUAGGCUGCAAGUUCCAACAAUCCAUUGUGUUCAGUGACACCACUUUUAAAGACAAUCCAGACACAAAGCACCCAAUAUACAGCACAAAAUAUGGAAUUUACAAACCCAACUGUGGUCUAGAGAAUGUGCUUAUGUCAUGGGGCCAUGAUGAGUACCUGUAUAAAGUACUUCAGUUGAAUAAGUGUUCCAUCCCUGAAGAGGGUCUUAAUAUGAUUCGGUUCCAUUCAUUUUACCCAUGGCACACAGGGGGAGAUUACCAACACCUCUGCAAUGAGAAGGACCAUAGAAUGUUGCACUGGGUGAAGGAAUUCAAUAAAUUUGACUUGUAUACAAAAACGGAGGACAUCCCAGAUGUAAAGCUUCUACAACCAUAUUACCAGGAAUUAAUAGACAAGUACUGCCCUGGUGUGCUGAGCUGGUGAUUCUCUUCAGGAGCCCAGAGCAACAUGAAUACAUCUAUGCACUACAGGACAUUUUCCAUUCUACCACUUGACUUGCCAGUUCCCCACAUAAUUCAGAAUCUCUGAUAGAAAAAGUUAGGAUUUCAUUUACAGCAAUACAUGUUUGCUGUUCAUUUAAAACUACAAGCUAUAAUUAAUAUUACUGGUACGGGUACAGGAUCUACUUUUUGAGGUCACCAUAAAGCGUUCAUCUUCUUUCGCCAACCAGUGUCACUCUACCAUCAUAUAAAUCUGUAAAUCAGAAAAAUUAAAAGUGCAAAACAAGAAAUCAUCACAAAGCUAUGAAAUGUAAAAGGGUACAUAAACCAAAAAUAAGUAUAUAUAUAUAUAUAUAUAUAUAUAUAUAUAUAUAUAUAUAUAUAUAUAUAUAUAUAUCAACCAAUUUCCAUCAACACUACAGUAUGUAACAUUUAGUACUAUCUACAUAUGAUUCUUGUGGGAGAGGGCCCUGGAUGUGAAGUUCUGAGUGAAAGCCAGAUUUCAGCCAUUGUCAAUGACUCUACUCUCCCACAACCUUCUCACAUGGCACAGCCUUUGACACAGAAGGGCAGAGAGCCCCAAGGCUACAAGUAAUAAGACAAACAUUCCUUCCCCAGUGAAGCAAGGCUCCUAACAGAUGAAUUAGCAAAUGUAGACUAAUCUCACUACCAGAAAACAAUACACCAACAA